UAUCUUUUCCCUGAAAAUCCAUAGCGUUAUCCUCUUUUGCCUCCAAAGGUUGUUAUGGAUAGAUAGAUAGAUAGAACGCUGCUUUGAGUUUCCUCAACUCAAGAAUGGCUGCCAACGACUCGUCCACCGAGAUUGAUACUAAGAAGCUUUCGAAUUGUUGGGGAAAUGCUCAAAUGCCCUUUGCACUCCCCACUCUCCUCUCUUCACCACCCCAACACCUCCACACAUCAUUCACCACUGCCGCUGACAAUUUUUUCAGAUUUCUACACUCCCUUGCUUCUCAUAACUCUUUCCUCAACAAAAUUCUCUCUCUCCCCUCCGAAUUUCACACCCUUUGCGUGCAGAUUGGGAAGCAAAGGAACGUGAGGUUGGUUUCUGGUCAUAAUUUCGCUGCCGUUUUGCCUGGGGAUUCGGUGGCAGGGCUGGUGGUGGCGAAUGGGGUUCUGAAUUUCUUGAACAUUUACAACACUUUGCUCAUUGUCAGGCUUGUUUUGACAUGGUUUCCCAACACUCCUCCUUCCAUUGUUAGUCCUCUCAGCACCAUAUGUGACCCAUACCUGAACAUAUUCCGUGGACUUAUUCCCCCUCUGGGAGGAACGCUGGAUCUCUCUCCCAUCCUAGCAUUCUUGGUCCUAAAUGCCUUCACCAGCACUGCUUCUGCACUCCCUGCUGAGCUUCCAGUCACAGAACAAUCCAAACAAGGCCUUGCAGCACCAUUGCACUCCACUAACCUUACUACUUCACAGAAGAAAUGGUUGACACGGUUUCAAGGGAACAGGUCAAGGACAUCUGGUGCUGAUGCUAAAUAGAACAUGGGAGAGUUUAUUUGUGCCUCUGUGUCUGUUUAUUAAUUUAGAUACGUUCCAUCCCGAUUAUGAUAGUUCUAUUCUAGGCAACACAAUUUUUGAGCUUAUGAUUCCAGAGAUUUUAGAGUUAUGGAGUUUGCUGUUGAAAGCUCAAGGCUCAAGCUUCCACAGUCCUAUUGUGUUUUUUCUUUUAAUCCUAUGGUCUUCUUAGUCAAUAAACUUAAGGUCCUUAUUUAAAUUGGGGACUGGAUUGGAUUACAGAAUAAUCAUACUAGUAAUUCAAUUAAAUUUUGUCGGUCUCCAUUUUAGUUAAACAAAAAGAAAGACCCUCAGGAAUGAAAGGAUUAUAUUUUAUUUUGACCGGAUUUGAA